AUGGUUUUGAAAUGCCCAGCCACAUUUGAAGAAUGUCUUAAGGAGAAAAGAAAUAAGACGUUACAGGAGUGUGUAAGAGAAGAAAGAUUAUCCAACGUCGUCGAGGUUAAAAGAGGCAAUAUCAGGCUUCGCCCCGAGCUUGUGAGAAUAUUCUUCAACGAACCAGUUGAAGAAAUUAUAAAAAAGUUACGAGAGAUAAUUCAAAGCGGGAAAUUUGAAAUAGACAAGCUGUUAUUAGUUGGAGGUUUCUCCGAUUCUCCAUACGUUCGAGAAUCAGUGAUAAGAGAACUCAAGAGAGAAUUUGAGAGGCUUGAUAUCGUCAAGCCUGAGGAAGCAUGUUUACAUGUGUUAAAAGGUGCUGUAUUGACUAUUUGUAGACCAAGCCAUAUCAGCGAGAGAAUUUCAAAAUACAGUUAUGGAUUUAGAGUAGCAGUUCCUUUUAAUGCCGAGGUGCAUCCAGCUAAAUUGAGGGAGAGGCGUCAGUCUGGUGAAGAAUAUUGUUCUGACAUAUUUCAUAAAUGUAUUGAAGUUGGACAAUGCUUGAAGUAUGGUGAAAAGAUAAGGAUCGAGUUUGCCGGGAACAGGCAUGACGUAAGAAGUAAAUUUGAAGCAUGCAGUACGGAGUUAUACCGGUCCUCGGAAGCAGAGCCAAAGUAUUGCACCGUAGAAGAAAGCUGCGAACGGGUUGGAAAAAUGAUUCAUUAUCCGCCGAGGGAAGGAUGGGGCAAUAUAGUCAUGUUUACGGCAGAAAUAGAGAUCGGUGAAGCAGAAUUCAAAAUUUCUGUAAUAAAUGCAACUACACAGGAAAUAUUCGAGACUACAGUUGACUUUCUAGAUGAUUAG